ACUUAAACUGAAUAAAUUUGAACGUCAGACUUUAGAUUAUCUUUAUUUUACUGUCAGUUUAUUGUAAUUUUACUGACAAAUAUAUAUGUUUUAAUUACUUCAAAGUUUUCCCUAUUCGAAGUAAAUUCAAAGUUUCACUAAAUCCAGAAUGAUCGAUAUUCUCAAGGAAGAAGUUUCACCAGAGGAUUUGAGGAAAUUCGAGAAGACUUAUCACAAACACCUACAUGAAAACAAUGUAACUCCUAAAGUGCAAUUUGAAUAUGCUUGGUGUUUAGUAAGGAGCAAGUAUUCUGCUGAUAUUAGCAAGGGAGUAAUCCUUCUAGAGGAAUUAUUUGAAACCCAUCCUGAGGGCAAAAGGGAUUACCUAUACUAUUUAAUAAUUGGAUAUGCCCGUCUAAAACAGUCAAACAAAGCUUUAAAAUAUUGUUCUGCAUUCUUAUCUGUUGAGCCUGGGAAUCAGCAAGUAAAAGCUCUGGAACAGUCUAUAAAGGACAAAGUGAAAAAAGAUGGACUUGUUGGCGUUGCUGUUGCAGGAGGAGUAUUACUAGCUGCUGGUGCUCUUGUUGGUUUUGCACUAUCUGGUAAAGGCGGAAAGUCUUCAUGAAAUAAAAAUGAUCCAAAUAUUCCUUAGAUAUAAUAUACAUAGUUUGAAAUA